AUGUUCCUCGCGUAUAUUCCUCCGUCCGUUCACUCACCCAUGCGCGUACCACAACAGGGCAAGGUCGCUGAGCUGCGCUUCGAGCUGAACAGCGGCGGCAAGAAGGACAAACACUUCACGGCCAAGAAGAUCGCACUUAAGAAGAUUGUCGCCAACAUGACGAUGAGCAACAACGACAUGGUCGCCCUUUUCCCCGACAUUGUGGGCUGCAUGAACAUCCAAAACCUUGAGAUCAAGAAGAUGUGCUUCCUGUUUCUCGUCAACUACGCCAGGAUACGCCCUGAUGUGGCAGUAAAAGCCAUUCCCGUGCUGCAACAUGAUAUGGAAGACCACAACCCCCUUGUCCGGGCCCUGGCUCUUCGAACCAUGUCUUACAUCCACGUACGAGAGUUUGUCGAGGCAACAGUGCCCAUCGUCAAACACCUCCUCCGUGAUCCCGAUCCGUACGUCCGCAAGACAGCAGCUUAUUGCGUGGCGAAGCUAUACGACCACGACAGGCACAUGGUGGAAAAGUCGGAUCUCAUCGACAGGCUGAACGGCCUACUGCGGGACGACAACCCGACUGUGGUCGCGAGUGCUUUGGCGGGACUGAUGGAUAUUUGGGAACGGAGCGAUGCUAUCAAGUUGACCAUCGACUACACCAACGCCUCUAAGAUGGUGGCCAUCUUACCCGACUGCUCGGAGUGGGGUCAAACCUACAUUCUUGAGGCGCUCAUGUCCUACGUGCCACAGGAGUCGGGAGAAGCCGCGCUCCUGGCCGAGCGCAUAGCGCCACGGCUAUCACACUCCAACUCGGCCGUCGUGCUCACCUGCAUCCGCGUCAUGCUCUACCUGCUCAACUACAUCGCCGACCAGAAACAGAUCACUGCCCUCUGCCGUAAGCUGUCACCACCACUGGUCACGCUCCUCGCCAAGGGGCCCGAAGUGCAGUACCUCGCGCUACGGAAUGCGCUGCUCAUCCUUCAGCGACGGCCCGAGGUGCUCCGGAACGACAUCCGGGUCUUCUUUUGCAAAUACAACGAUCCCAUCUACGUCAAGGUUACCAAGCUCGAGCUCAUCUUCAUGCUCGCCAACGAAAAGAACAUCGACGAAGUCCUGACCGAGCUCCGCGAAUAUGCCACCGAGAUCGACGUGCACUUUGUCCGUAAGGCGGUGCGGGCCAUCGGCAAGCUGGCUAUCAAGAUCGAGCCCGCCGCGAGGCGGUGUAUCAACCUCCUCCUCGAGCUCGUCGCCACCAAGGUCACGUACAUCGUGCAAGAAGCCACGGUCGUCAUCCGCAACAUCUUCCGUAAAUACCCCAACCAAUACGAAAGCAUCAUCGGCACCCUCUGCGAGCACCUCGACUCGCUCGACGAGCCCGAGGCCAAGGCGGCCAUGGUCUGGGUCAUCGGCCAGUACGCGAGCCGGAUCGAGAACUCGGACGCCCUGCUCGAGGACUUCCUCUUCACCUUCGCCGAGGAGCCCGUCGAGGUCCAGCUCGCCCUCCUCACCGCCACCGUCAAGCUCUUCAUCCAGCGCCCCACCAAGGGCCAGGACCUCGUCCCCAAGGUCCUCAAAUGGGCCACCGAAGAGACCGACAACCCAGACCUCCGCGACCGCGCCUACAUGUACUGGCGCCUGCUCUCAACCGACAUCGAAGCAGCCAAGCGCAUCGUCAUGGGCGAGAAACCCGCCAUCACAGCCGAGUCAGAACGCCUUGACCCAGCCACCCUCGAGGAGAUGUGUCUCAACGUCGGCACCCUCGCCACCGUCUAUCUCAAGCCCGUCCAAACCGUCUUCCGCAACGCCCGCCCCCGCCGUCUCCACGAUUCCCCGGCCCUCCAGCGCCAAGACAUCCCCGUCGCCGCCGGCCUCCGCUCCGACGCCAACAAAUCCCUCAGCCAGCUCGGCCUCGGCGGUCAAGCAGCCGAUUUCAACCCCCACUCCGACCGCGCCUACAACCCCAGUAGUCCCAAUCCCGCUACCGAUAACAACAACAACGGCAAUGGCGAUGCCAACAACGACGCAAACCACGCCCUAGCUAUCAACGACGCAGAUGCCUACUUCUCCCAGAUCCAGCAGAUGCCGAUCCAGGAUCAGUUCGGCGGUGGUGAGACGGCCGGGUACGUGGUCAACCAGUAUGCGCCGCAGACGACGGGGUACCAGGCGGCGCAGGGGGAUUUGCUGCUGUAG